AUGCAGAUUUCUCUGCUUCUACUUCUUCCCUUCGCGGGGACAGUACUUUGCGGGCCAACCAACGAUACCCUUCUAUGGGGUGCAUACAGGCCCAACCUUUAUUUUGGCCUGAGGCCUAGGAUACCCCAGUCUCUCAUGACUGGUCUCAUGUGGUUUGGAACACAGGACUACCAAUCUGUUGGACAAAUCCGGCACUCUUGUGAUCAAGGGGAUAAAUUAGACAGUUAUACCUGGACGGAGUAUGAUACCAGAGAAGGCGGAGUUCAGCUCAUCAAAGACGGCUACAACAAUGUUCAAAUAACCACUGAAUUUUUGAAAGUGGCAGGAGGUGAUCACGGAGGCAGCUGGGCUGCGCGUAUCAAGGGCGAGCCUAUCGACAAAACUAAAAUAUCUCGAAUUUCGCCUAUAUUCUAUUUUGGUCUGGAGGGUCUUGGAGGAUUGGACAUGCGAACCGAAGAGGAUGAAAACGGCAUACCAGGAGAAAUCAAGCUGUCAGGAUCCUCCCCGGAAUUGGACGAUUUUAGCAUUCGUAUUGUUGACAGUGCUAAUAACCGAGCUGUUGUCCUGGGUCCUCAUUCAAAUAUUUUUCAGCAUAGACUGGGAAAGACCCAUUUUGCAGGACGCCCUGUCAAAGAAGGUGACAUGUGGCAGGCUAAGCGAAUAAUUGCAAGCGCGAUUCUGGAUCGUGCUCGGGAAGUUAUAGCCCCGUAUCAAGACCCAGCAGUCGGAGCACCGGACCCAUCGUUUGUGUUGCAGCUUCCGGACGACGUUUACACCAAUAGCAAUCUAUUUGCUAUUCAAAAGUUUUUCGACGGUCCAUUUCAAUUUGACGUUUUCUUCGACAGCGCUAGCCUGAAGCAAAAGUUGACCACUGCAACAUUGGACCAGGGAAUUCCCGCAUUAGUGGAAGCGUAUGGUCGACGAUUCCGAGAAGUUUUCCCUCAUCCCAUAGAUUAUCCUGCUGAUAAGAAAGAAUCUUUGGAAUCAUUUUCAAAGGCAGUGACGUCUAAUCUUGUCGGCGGAGUAGGAUAUUUCUAUGGUACCUCCAUUGUAGACCGCAAAUUCUCCUACGAGUGGGACGACGAGGAAGAUUCUGUAGUCGAUGAAGCAGAAAAGGGUGCCAGACUGACAGAACCAAAGGCAUUAUUGACUGCAACGCCUAGUAGGAGCUUUUUCCCCCGUGGAUUUUACUGGGACGAAGGUUUCCAUUUACUGCAUAUUGGACAAUGGGAUAAUGACUUCAGCCUCGAGAUCCUUAAGGAUUGGAUUGGCCUUAUUGACGACGAUGGUUGGGUUGCCCGUGAACAGAUUCUCGGCGAAGAGGCCCGCAGUAAGGUCCCUGAAGAAUUCCAAACGCAAGUCCCUAAUUAUGCUAAUCCACCUACCUUGGCAAUGGCUGUAGUAGCUUUUAUCGAGCGUGUCAAGAAGGCAUCCGUUGCCCAUGAAGGUAUUGACGGAGAUCUAGGACUUGAUCUGGGCAUGGGUACCGGACAGGUGCCCCUUGGAGGACCCCCGAAAGUCACUGCAGUGGAAAGCAAACUUGUCGAAAACCCAGAGCUCGCCCGCGCCUUUUUACAGGACAUUUAUAAACCAUUGAAAAGACACUACGAUUGGUUUAGGCGCACGCAACGGGGACAAAUCAAGCAGUAUUCUAGGAAAGCCCGUUCAAGGACAGAGGCAUACCGCUGGCGUGGUCGUUCAGAACUUCAUGUCUUGACCAGUGGAAUGGACGAUUAUCCACGAGGACCUCCCCACGCUGGAGAAUUACACCUCGAUUUGAUUUCAUGGGUGGCCUACUUUUCACGUACAAUGAGAGAAAUAGCGUCUUUCGUGGGGGAGAAAGAGGACGAAAUCACGUUUGCAAAGAAUGAGCAAGCUAUUCUGGACAAUAUUGAAGAUUUGCACUGGAAUGAAGAAGAAAAAAUGUAUUGUGAUGUUAACGUUGAUAACGAAGAUGAAUCCUAUCACGUUUGCCACAAAGGCUACCUUUCGCUGUUCCCGUUCCUUUUAGAACAGCUCCCACCUUCAUCUUCACAUCUGGGUGCUAUUUUGGAUAUCCUAAGAGAUCCAGAACAUCUAUGGUCGCCUUAUGGAAUCCGCAGUUUGUCUGCAUCGCAUCCUGAAUUUGGUCAAGGGGAAAACUACUGGAAAGGCCCCAUUUGGAUUCAGAUGAAUUACCUCGCCUUGAGAGCGCUUUACAAGACAUACGCCGCACAAGAAGGUCCAUAUCAAGAGAAAGCAAAGCAAAUAUACACAGAGCUGCGCAGAAAUGUGGUAGACAAUGUGGUCAAGGAAUACGAAAGAACUGGGUACGUAUGGGAACAGUAUGAUGCCAUCACUGGGGAAGGCAAGAGAAGCCACCCAUUCACUGGUUGGACGUCGUUAACUGCAUUGAUUCUUGCUGAAAAGUAUUGA